AUGUUUGAACGUUCCCGUUUUGUAUCAUUGCACUACUACGGAAAGAUAUUUCUUGAAAAUUUGCAGUUUGCCUGCUUAUUUAUAAUACCAUUAUAUUUGAUUGUGUUCACGGUACCGUUGGUAGUAAACCCUGAUACGAUCGACCAGUUUAAAAUAAAUUUUAAGGUUGUUCUAUUAUCCAAACCAUUUUGCGAGGUGAAAUCUGAAGAAUGUCAGAAACUAUUGGAUCCGGAAUAUGGAAAUCCUUCACUUUUGUUGAAGACGUCGUUCCUGGACUAUGAAUUGGUCUACAUCAGGCACUAUUCGAUAGACUACUUGGACAACAUUUUGAUCACAUUGGUAGACAAAUCAUUCUUCAGGCCGUUGAUUUUGAUGAUUAAGAAACCAACAAAUCCUGCUGAAUGGUGGUCAAAGGUGCUCGAGUCGUUGCGAGUCGUAAUGGCGAUUGGUAAUGCUAUGAUAUUUCAUGCCAUCAAGGGUGUUCUUGUUUCGAAGAUGUGGGUUUUCUUUAUAUUCGGGGCGAUCACUACAAUAUACGAUUCUUGGGCGUCACUAAUCCAAACAUUGUCCGGUGUGCUCAGAUCGGCCAAUACUAUAUUCUAA